AUGUUCCUUGAACAAAAAAUCAUAAUCGGGUCGAGAAAUAAAUUAAACAACGAUAAGGCCGUUAACGAAAUAAGACGUCGUAAUCCCGGCGCUAAUAUAACGGCUCUGACGCUGGACUUAUCGUCCUUUAAAUCUGUUCGCGAGUUCGCCCAACAAAUCGCCGAAAGCGAGUCCAAAGUGGAUAUACUGGUCAACAACGCCGGCAUUCCCGUCGUUCUCGGGCCGCCACAGGAGACCGUCGACGGCUAUGAACUGCAUUUGGGGGCAAACUAUUUGAGUAACAUAUGA